CGCUGGUCUAGAGCUGAUGUGCUGUUGUUAAUUUCCUGCUAUGUCGAACGCAGAGAACGAUUUAAAGAUAUAAACAAAAAGAACAAGUCCCUGUGGGAAGAAAUCAGCGAAGAAUUAAAGAAGAACGGAGUGUUCUUUAAUGCCAAGGCGUGUGAGACGAAAUUGAAAAAUCUGAAGAGAAGUUAUGUUGCUUGUGUUGAUCACAACAAAGUCAGCGGAAAUGACCGAAAGAAAUGCAACUUCUAUGACGAACUUCACGAAAUAUUUUCGAAAGAUGAUGCCAUCGCUCCAAAAACAUUGUGCAGCAACAUUGAUGGUAAACGGAGCAAAGAUGCAGUCAAGAGUGUUAAAAAUUCCAGUUCCACAUUGAGUUCCACAGGUAGUGACACAGAGGAGCCUGUGGUUACAAAAAAAAAAGAAAAAGAAGUUACCAGAGCGGAAGAAAAGAGAAGACCUCGUUGGGCUCUUUAAGGAAUUUACACAAGACAGGAAAGAGGAAGAAAAGGAAAAGAUUAAAAAGUUUGAAAAUAUGCACAAUGAACGCAUGGCACUCAUCGGCCGAUUUUUGAAUGUUUUUGAAAAUCAUUGA